UGGGCUUGAAUUCAUGAAAUUCAGAUUACGAAGAGAAAAUUGGUGGCAGAAAAUGAUGGACGGUCGGAUAUUGUGAAUACAUCACGGCGGGCGUCAUAUAUCGCGUUUUAAGUUAAGUUCAAGGUACAAAGGUUUGCAAAGGGUCCGGCCGGGUCCAAACAAAAGAAACUCCAGCUAGAAAAGGGGAAAAGCAUCUCAUUUAUCGUUUCAAGAGCAAAGUUAGUGAUGGAAAGCCACAAGACGGAGCCUCUUCUGUCGAGAAGAGGGGCUAAAGAUGGAGAAGUAGAAAUAGAAAAUAGCAGCUUUCCAACUACUCUUGAAUCCUUCACAAAAGAAGGAGACAUAGAACACAUCAAGGGAGUGAGAGAUUUCUGGAGAGAGUUUUUGGUGGAAUCAAAGAAGCUUUGGCACCUCGCCGGUCCUGCCAUCUUCACCUCAAUAUGCCAAUACUCCCUCGGCGCCAUCACUCAGCUCUUCGCUGGCCAUGUCGGGACUCUCGAGCUUGCAGCCGUCUCCAUCGAGAAUUCUGUCAUCGCCGGCUUAUCUUUUGGGAUCAUGUUGGGGAUGGGAAGCGCACUGGAGACGCUCUGCGGACAGGCAUAUGGAGCGGGGCAGCUCGACAUGCUCGGAGUCUAUAUGCAGAGGUCAUGGGUCAUACUCAACACUACAUCUAUCAUCCUCAGCUUUCUCUACAUCUUCGCAGCCCAGUUGUUGGAACUGAUAGGGCAGGACCCACAGAUCGCCAAGUCAGCAGGGACCUUCGCAGUGUGGAUGAUCCCACAGCUCUUCGCUUACUCCAUGAACUUCCCGAUUGCCAAGUUCCUGCAGGCGCAGAGCAAGAUCAUGGCGAUGGCGAUUAUAUCGUUAGUGGCUCUGCUACUCCACACCUUUUUCAGCUGGCUGCUGAUUAUGAAGUUGGGGUGGGGUCUGGUGGGUGCUGCUAUCGUGCUCAACGCAUCGUGGUGGUUCAUCGUCGUGGCCCAGCUUGUUUACAUCUUUAGCGGGACUUGUGGGAGGGCGUGGUCUGGGUUCUCCUGGAAGGCGUUCUCUAACUUGUGGGGCUUUCUGAGAUUGUCCCUUGCGUCAGCCAUCAUGCUCUGCCUUGAGAUGUGGUAUUUUACGGCUUUAAUUCUCUUUGCUGGAUAUCUCAAGAACCCUGAAGUCUCGGUGGAUGCCUUAUCAGUAUGCAUGAAUAUAUUGGGUUGGACAGUUAUGGUAGCCUUUGGAGCAAAUGCAGCGAUAAGUGUGAGGGUAUCAAAUGAACUAGGUGCAAACCAUCCUAGGAUUGCAAAGUUCUCAGUGGUGGUAGUGGUGAUAACUUCAUUUCUCAUUGGUGUUUUACUUUCACUAAUUUUAAUCAUCACCCGAAAGCAAUACCCAUCAGCAUUUACAAGUAAUGAAGACGUGAAAAAACUUGUUUAUAUGCUCACCCCGUUACUUGCAUCCUCAAUCAUUAUUAAUAAUGUGCAACCCGUACUUUCAGGAGUUGCUAUCGGUGCAGGCUGGCAGGCAGCAGUUGCUUACAUAAACAUCGCAUGUUAUUAUAUAUGUGGCAUUCCUUUGGGUCUUAUUUUGGGUUACAAGCUUGACUUAGGUGUCUCGGGCAUUUGGUAUGGAAUGCUUUCAGGCACAUUGCUACAAACUUUGGUCCUUUUUUGGAUGGUUUACAGGACAAAUUGGAAUACAGAGGCUUCCAUUGCUGGUGAUAGGAUAAAACUUUGGGGAGGAAAUUCGAAUGAUGAAGAAAAUGAAGCUGAAAAAUAAAUUAUUCAUGUAUAAUUAAGUUUUUUAAUUUACUGGUAUUUUUUAACCUUGAUAUCGUAAAACUAAUGUAUUUUUAAUUCAAUCUUAAUAAGCGAAGCUAUCGAAUGUAUUCCUUUUUU